AUUAUUAUUAUUAUUAUUAUUAUUAUCACUAUUAUUUCAUCUUAUAUUUUGAUCAGCAUUGAAGCGAUAGGGAGAAUGUAGGCUUAACCAAGCAGCAUGACCGUGACUUAGCUUACAUACUUGGAUAGGCUACUUUUCCUUGCGCGGACUCGUGCGGCCGUCAGGGCUCGACAAAUAGAGGGGGACAUUGAGCGCGCAUUCAGAACGUGCACUAUCCUUGGCAAGCACGCGCUAGGCAGUGGAGAUGUGUCGCAGAUUUGAAAACUCCCAAACAGAGGCGAGAAUAGCUGGAAACAUCUAGAAAACACUGGAAACAUAGACUGUUUGUCCAGCUCAGAGAACAAGGGAGGCCAUUAUAUCAAAACUGGCUUAUUUCGAAAAGCGUUGCAGGACUUUCGCCAUUUACAUAUUUUGCAAGGAACAGAGGGAGGCAGUAGCUACUUGCGUCCUUCCUAUAGCGUGCGGGAAGCCCAACAUAGUGGCGAUGGAGCUGUCAUCCCUCGGAGAACAAGUGUUUGCCGUUGAAUCUAUCACCAAGAAGAGAGUUAGAAAGGGAAACGUGGAGUAUCUCCUGAAGUGGCAAGGUUGGCCGCAAAACAGGUACAGCACAUGGGAACCUGAAGAACACAUACUAGACCCACGACUGGUCCUGGAGUACGAGGAAAAGGAAGAGAAGGAGCGAGCCUUGGCCUACCGAAGAAAGGGUCUGCGGCCACGUCAUCUGGUCCUGCGGAACAUGUACCCCAUGGAUCUCCGCAGUGCCCACAAGGCGUUAGAGAAGCCUCCUCCUCGCAUCCGCCUCUCCCUCACGCGCACCAUGGCCACAGACAGCCUAGAGCAGGGGUUGCGGCCGUGCAGGCCAGGGGACAGAGAGAGGGCUGGCAUCCUCUGCCGCCUGGAGAAGAGGAGGAAUAAGGGAAAAGUCCUUUUCCACGCAGUGGGUCUAAAACAGGGGUCUAGACAUCCCACCCUAGUGGAAAGGAACUUACCUCGCCUACAUCCAAGCAAGCCCCCCAACCCACCAGCACAGCAACCCAUGGAGGAGGAGAAAUAUGAGGAAGAGGAGGAGGAGGAAGAGUACACCGACGAGGGGGUGGAAGAACAUAUAGAGGAGGAGAGGGAUCACAAGGUAGAACAACCACAGCAACAAGACGACAGGACAGAUAUGAUGAUGAUCCUUGAAGAAACCAUCAAGGCAGACGAGGACAAAGACUCAGCUGGUGGCCCUCACUAUUCAGACGGCUACUGCUCCUCACCUGAGCUGGACGUUCCUAUGGUGACAGAUGCACCAGAGGAGUGCAGCCCAUGUCAGCGGAUGGGGCUGGAUGGGGACGAGCCGGUGGACAGCAAUGCGACCUAUGUGCCAGAUGCAGGCCUUCUGCUGCUGAGUGACACAGCCAGAACUCUGGGGGACCUGGUGAGCCCAGGCCACAGCCCAGGCCACAUCCCCGACGACAGCUUAGUGAGCGACUGUCCGUCAGAGGGAGCACAGGGCGUGGCGGCAACGAUGAUGAUGAUGAUGAUGACGACAACGACCGACCAAUUGCAGAGCAUUGCCGCCACCACCACCACAGUGCCACACGAGGCAGCCACAUGCGAGUUGUCGUUAGCGUCGCCACUAGACGCCGGCUGCACGGCUCCAGCAGCAGCAGCUACAGCAGAUAAGUCCAGCUCCGUCUCGCCCAUCAGGGCCGAGGCCGAGGAGGCAGAGGCGGCGGAGUGCGAGCUGGUGGUGGUGUCCAAGAGGGACGUGACCAUCGCCGCUGUGAACAAGAACAAGAAGGGCUCAGAGUCCAGCGUCACCACCACGCGGACGACCUCUGGCAAAGUGAUCGUGACAGACGUGACCAUCAAUUCCUUGACAGUGACAUUCAAAGAAGCGCUGAGGGCCGAGGGCUUCUUUAAGGGUUGUGGCAUAGAACUGAAGGGGGAUAACCGGGUCAAGUAAAGAAAAGAAAAGAAAAAAAAUAGACACCAAGAGUUAGCCAGAGAUAAAAAGGUGGAAGUUUAUAACAAGGUAUUGAAGGAUCACAUGUCACUUAACUGCAUUAUAAUCUCCUUCCAGUCUACUUCCUUGUGUAAAAAGCUGGUGAUUUGUUCGGUGUUUUUUGCAAAGUAGUACUACCUAUCUCUGCGGUAUUGCUUCCAGUGAAAACCACAGCAACAAGGCUGCUUUCACCCUUCCAGAUCAUUUCACUGAUGUUGCCUGUUUACCUAUUCACAGACGCAGCUAAAAAAGACACAACAGCCCUGAAUCGCAUAAUAGGGUGAGAUUCCAUACAAGAAGGCUUUUGUUCCUGUGACUAUCAGCUGUAUGUGUGUUUGUAUAUAUUGGAUGCAGCGUACAAUCACGUUGGCUGUUCCGUUGUGUUAGUUUGUUGGCCUUUUUCGCGCUGAAAAAAAAGGUUGCCUCCAUUUCUGUUCAGUGGCUGCACAUCUCCCUUUACUCCGUUGUUAAGCCUGUGCAUUUUUAACAAGGGGGUGUCAACUUACACUACAUGGUUAAGCGCAGAUGAAGUAGUGAGGCUAGGAUAUGUUACGCAGUAGGGUUUUUUGUUGUAUUUAUCGCAUGUCCGAUCACACACGCUGAAUUUAAAUUAUCAGUCAUAUGGUUAUAAAAUAACGAGUGAAGGAAAACUUAAAUGUACUUGAAUGUUUGCUUGCUGGUUUUUGGUGUAGUUUAUAUUACCAAUACAUUUUUUAUUUACCAAUAAAAAAAAAUAACCAGU